GAGAGAGAGAGAGAGAAUGUUCUCUUACAUACGUAUUUCUUUACCAGUAUAAAAAGGAUUUAACAAUUUAAUACGUCGUAUUUUAUCCUUCUCUCGAAAAGCUUUUUGACGACAGAUGCCAACGUUCCUUCGUAGAAAUCUUCACAACGAAGAUAAAAUGACAACGGGAAUGAUAUGGGAUAGGAUGAAGUAAUGGUUGGGGAAGAUCAUCGAAGAAAUAUUUAAAAUGAAUGGAAACGUUCGCCAGAGAAAAAGAGAGAGGGAGAGAGAGAGACAUUUUGUAUGGUAUAAUGUAUGUAUGUAUGUAUGUAUGUAUGUACAUACGUACCUUUUUGUACGUGUGUGUGUGUGUGUGUAUGUGUGUCUGUCUCUGUGUGUGUGUGUUACCUAGAAUACGAUUGAAAAACGCAAAGUUUUCUUUGCUCUUAUGUAUGCAACUUGUAUGUAUGCGUGUACAUAUUAUAUCUAUUAUCGAUGAUGUGUAUUUACUAGUGUAUUAGAUUAUAAGUAUUAUAAAAAAGAGAUUUAGAUUCGUAGAGAAACGUUAUACAUCCUAAAUUUAUGUAGAUUUUAACAAUGAGAAAUAGUAUUAUCACGCACGAAGAGUCUCAUGAUAAAAAUAAAAAGUGUACCUUUUACCUUGAAGCACAUGAAUGUAAAUGCAUGAAAGAAAAAUAGAAAGAGAAAAAGAAUGAUAGAGAGAGAGAGAGAGAGAGAGGAAGAGAGAAAACGUAGCUUCGAUUUCCGGAUAUAAGAGAUAGUAAGAAGUUAUUUCAGCAAUAUGAUAGGUGGAAAACGACGAACGUCAACGAUGUUCCCUUCCGAUUUAUCUAUAUUAUGUAUAUUCAGGUAAAAAGGGAACAGCUACUUCAAAUGCAAAAGAGAAUAUUUAUUUGUAAAAUAAAUAAAUAAAUAUAUACAUAUAUAUAUAUAUGUAUGUAUGUAUGUAUGUAUGUAUGUAUGUAUGUAUGUAUGUAUGUAUGUAUGUAUGUAUGUAUAUGUAUAUAUAAUAUAAAAUCGCUAUGUACAUAUAACAUAUAGUUACUCGGCUUCGAGUCGAGCUAAUUGUAAGAUAACUUAAUACAUUAAUACGUUCUCAAUAAAAGUCGAUUAUUUUUCGUUAA